ACACGCGAAAAGCGAGCGUAAAAGUAAUUUUAGUGUUUCUACUAAGAUUCGAAAAAUUUCGUAUCGACGUUUUAUUAAAUAAGUAAAUGCAGUUUUCAUGCUUUUUGACUAUUUUAAAAAUAAUCUUCAAUAUAUAAGAAGAGGGAUUCAAAGCCAAAUCUUGCUGGAAUAAGACGCCUACAGCAAAAUACAGAUAUAAAGAAAAAAAAUUGAAUUUCUAACCUCAUCAAUGUUCUCACAUUUUAGACAUGUGCGACUGUUCUGCAGAAAAUAGAGAUGUAAAUGACAGACUAGUUCCGCUCCUUCAAUUUUCAAAAUGUUCAGGACAAACUUUUGAAGGAAACGAUGGAAAUUGUCCACAACACAAAAUGUUUGACUGCAAGGAUGUAUAUGGAACAAGGCUUUUAAAAUCAGAGCCUGCAUUGCCUCUUUGCAAUGAACUUCAACAACCAUUAAGUUCAGAAUGCUCGAGCACUUCCACAAGAAUAUACAAAUACAUAGACCCUUGGGAGUUCAAGUUUAUGAGGACAGGGGAAGAGGAAGAACCUCAACAUUUUCCAAUUAUAUGUGAGCCUUGUAUCCUAGAUGAAGAGGAAGAACUAGUCGAUGAAGAACCGGAUGUGGAGUGUACUUUAGCGAUCAUAAAACCGGAAGCGGUGAUUCAUCGAAAAGAAAUUGAACGCAGAAUUUAUGAAGAAGGAUUCGAAGUAUAUCAGACAAGGUGGAUACAAUUGACGCCAGAGCAAGCUUCGGAGUUCUACUGUGAUAGUUAUGGACAAAUUAAUUUUGCUCAUCUCGUUGCGUAUAUGGCUUCCGGACCAAUUGUCGCGAUGGUCUUAGCUAAGCAUCAAGCCGUACAGGAUUGGCGAAUGAUAAUGGGACCGACGAAGGUCGUAGAAGCUCGUUUAUAUUUUCCGGACAGUAUCCGUGCUAAGUUUGGACAAAGGAGUGAGGAAUUCAAAAACGUUGUGCAUGGUAGCCAAAAUCGCGAGCAAGCAGAAAAGGAAAUCCACUUUUUCUUUCCUGAAAUUAUCGUUGAGCCACUUCUUAAAGGAGAAAUGGCAGCGGAUUAUUUAUGGGAGGUUAUUAACACGAUUCUAGUAGAGGGCCUGAGUUUGUGUUGCAAGGUGAAACCAGCCGAUCCAAUACUUUGGUUAGCAAAUUGGCUUCUUACAAAUAAUCCCUACAAACCAAAAUUUCCAGAGGAUCUCGCUCUUAUUCCGACUUAGAGUAAGAAGUGAAAAAUUGAAAUACAAUUCAAAAUUACUUCAAAAUUCAUUAUUAUUUUACCUGUAUGUUCCUCAAUUUUGCAACGGGUCUGAGGCGAUGGAGAUCUUCUAUUUUGCCUUCGACCGGAAGUUAAAGGACUAUACCUAUCA